AUGGAAGAUAAUGUUUCAUUUGCACCAACAGCUCCUGUUACUCAAAUCACAGCAGCUCCAGUUCUACAAGAUGCCUCAUCUCAGCCAGGAGUCGCUGCUAUACCACCUGUGGCUCCUCCUUCUUUUCCCCCACCAAUGGCUCCAAUACCGGUUGCCCGCCCACCUACUCUUAGGCCUCCUGUUUCACAAAAUGGUGGAGCGAGAGCCAAUGACUCGAAUUCGGAAUCAGAUGAUGAACAUUAUGAGAUAUCUGAAGACAGUAAACGGGUCAGAGAAAGACAGGAAAAGGCAUUGCAAGAGUUGUUGAUAAAGCGCCGUGCUGCUGCUCUCGCAGUUCCAACAAAUGACAGAGCUGUUAGAGAUCGCCUUAGACGACUUGGUGAGCCCAUUACUCUAUUUGGAGAACAGGAAAUGGAGAGAAGAGCUAGGCUGGCGCAGCUUAUGGCUAGGCUUGAUAUUGAUGGGCAGUUGGAUAAACUGCUUAAAGCUCACGAAGAAGAUGCGGCUCCAAAAGAGGAAGUGGACGAUGAAAUACUUGAAUACCCCUUUUUUACUGAGGGUCCAAUGGAGCUUAGAGAGGCUAGAAUAGAAAUUGCCAAAUUUUCUAUCAAGAGAGCUGCUGUAAGGAUUCAGCGUGCAAAGCGGCGGAGAGAUGAUCCAGAUGAGGAUAUGGAUGCAGAGACUAAGUGGGCUUUAAAGCAUGCUAAAGGCAUGGUUCUUGAUUGCAGUAAUUUUGGAGAUGAUCGUCCUCUCACUGGCUGCUCCUUCUCGCGAGAUGGAAAAAUACUUGCCACAUGUUCUUUGAGUGGAGUUACUAAAUUGUGGGAGAUGCCUGAAGUUACAAACAAGAUUGCUGUCUUGAAGGAUCACAAAGAACGUGCAACUGAUGUAGUGUUCUCGCCUGUGGAUGAUUGUCUAGCAACUGCUUCUGCUGAUCGAACUGCAAAGCUUUGGAAAACUGAUGGAACACUCCUACAAACUUUUGAAGGUCAUUUGGAUCGUCUUGCACGUGUUGCCUUCCACCCAUCAGGGAAAUACCUCGGGACAACAAGCUUUGACAAAACAUGGAGAUUGUGGGAUAUAAACACAGGAGCAGAGCUGCUUUUGCAAGAAGGUCACAGUCGCAGUGUCUACGGAAUUGCAUUUCAACAAGAUGGAGCAUUAGCAGCUUCUUCUGGGCUUGAUUCACUCGCACGGGUUUGGGAUCUCCGCACUGGUAGGAGUAUUCUUGUCUUCCAAGGACACAUCAAACCGGUUCUCACAGUGAACUUCUCUCCUAAUGGUUAUCACUUGGCAUCUGGUGGUGAGGAUAAUCAAUGCCGUAUUUGGGAUCUUAGAAUGAGAAAGUCGUUGUAUAUUAUACCAGCUCAUGCUAACCUUGUGUCUCAAGUGAAGUAUGAACCACAAGAAGGCUACUUCCUAGCCACUGCCUCAUACGACAUGAAAGUCAAUAUAUGGUCAGGCAGAGAUUUCUCGCUUGUAAAAAGCUUAGCAGGGCAUGAGUCAAAAGUCGCCUCUCUAGAUAUCACUGCAGAUAGCUCGUGUAUCGCAACUGUAUCACAUGAUCGCACCAUCAAGCUUUGGACAAGCAGUAGCAACGAAGAAGACGAAGGGGGAGAAACAAUGGAUAUAGAUCACUAG